AUGCCGCUUUUGUCCAAAGUCCUAUACUCGGAGAAUCGGAUUGAUGUCUCGCAUGAUGUUAUGGAAACAUCAGAAGACUCGGAGAAUGAGAUCAGCUCAGCAUUACAAGCAAGACCACCUGCUAAUACUACACGUGGCAAUGCUCAUGCCCCUGCUGUUCCUGCUGCCCCUGCUGCCCCUCCUGCUCCGACUGCUUCUGCUCCGACUGCUCCUGCUCCGAAUGCUCCUACUCCGAUUGCUCAUAUCGCUCGUACUGCCCCUGUUGCCCCUGCGGCUCCCGGUGCAGCCAGCUCUUCCAAUCCAGUUCACCCCAGCUCGUUUAAUCCAAUACACCGGUUGAAAUUGUCACUCCCCAGAAUGCGGCGUGCAGAUGAGCGCUUCUUGUUGCCUGAAUCCCGUUACAACAUGAUAGUCAACGCCACAAUAUAUACGUCACUUAAAGCAUUUCUUGUGAGCGUGGGAGAAACAGAAGAUGCGACAUUUCCAUGGCGGAGGGUCAUCCAAGACUUUGUGCACUUGUAUUUUGAACACUUUGACCAUGAAUACCCCGUGGUUCACCCAUAUGCACUAGAAUUCGGGCUUGACAAAACCUCAAUCUCGUGGAUGGUACUUUUAGCAGUUGUCACUGUUGGGAGUCAAUAUAGCGCUUUCAGCAAUGCCAGUAUGUUUUCCGCAGCUUUCGGAGAGAUACUGUCCCACGCAAUAACACAAAACCGACCCCAAGCACCCGAAGCAACAACUUUAUCCUAUGCACAAAGCGUAUUUCUUAGUGACGUCUGCCUGAUGUUUGACGGGUCACACAAAGCGCAGUUGAAGCUGCAGUAUGAGCGAAAUGUACUUGUCACAUUGGCUCGUGUCUUAAAGGUUGAUCCAUGCAUGAAUACAAAAGCGUCACAAGCUCCAAGACACUGGAAAGCCUGGCUGGCCAGAGAAUCUCGUAUACGUCUCCUUCAUAGUAUCUUUCAACUCGAAUGUCUUCAACUCAUUUUAUUUGAUCGUCAGCCGAUAUUUGGGCAGCAUGAACUCCCCGACGAGUUUCCCUGUCGUCAAUCACUAUGGUGUCGCAGGAAUGCUGACAAUUUCGUUCUUGUAUACCAGUCUGAUCAAGAUCUACCACAAUCUGCAUCCACUCAACUUGAUGUCAGAAAAGCCAGUGAAAGCAUGGCAGGAAUGGAUGCCUAUCGCCGAAAUCUCUACAUGCUGUCUCUUUACAGCGAAGAGAGAUUGUUCCUUGACAAAAUGUCAUAUUCUUCCAUCUGGAAAUCGAGCCUAAGUUCUCAAGUGACUGGCGUGUCAGGUCAGGAGCAAUGGGCCCAUCUUACAUCAACCCAUUCAGCUCUUCGAUCAGUGAUGUUCCAGUCGAUGGACGAAGUAUUCGCGGCAAUUCCCGUCUCAGCCAAACCUGACUAUAUUGCUGCUCGAGAUGUCAUCCAUCAUGUACUAUCCCUUCUCCGGCUAGUAUCACUUCAUAUGCUCGAGUCAUUUUCAGGUUGGCAAGGCGAUGACUCUGCGGCCGAUAUGUCGGCAAAUAACCUGAAACAUUGGAUGGAAAAUGACGCACCUAGUGCUAGGAAAUGUCUGUGGCAUGCUGUAUGUGUUUACAGCACACUGAAAGCAAAGCAGAAAUUUGCCUGUCAUGAUCCUCUCUUUUUCCUGAUUUCUUUCUUCUAUAUAUGGGCAUUCGAUACCCUUGUGGUCGCUCCUGACCUCGAAAAGCCGCAAACUUCAACCAACGAAGUUCGCUUGUUAGAUACCAGGGAAAUUCAAAUGUGGAUCGCCGAGGGCCCGAAUACUCGGCUCAAUCUGGUUGGAGUCGGCAAUCUGACGGGCAAGGCAAGCUCCUUGCGUCUGGUCACUGAGGUGUGCCAAAUUUUCUCAAAACGCAAGUCCUGGGCUGGGCUUUGCCGGGGUCUUGCCUCUGCAGUUGAUCGAAUUCUGAGAAGACAGGCAGUACCCCAAGGAGCCCCUCAAGGCGACCCUCGAGGCGACCCUCAGGGAGUCUCCCAGGGAGCCAGCGAUGGCGAAAUGGCCUAA